CUUUGCUGUCUUGAUUUUUCCGUGUAUGCUUGGAAAAUUACAGGCAAUAGUCGACAAACAUCUUUCUAGAAACGCAGGCUGAAAGUAGAUGCCCCACAUAAUAAACCAAAAGACAUUUUCAAUUAUUUAAAUAUUGACCUAGGGGAUACUCAUACCGCCUUAGAUUGCUGAAGCGGGUCAUUUAGUCUGUAUUCAUGCAUGUUACUUUUGCUUGAGUUGGUUUUUAUCCUCAUAAGUAUUUCGAAUGGAGAAAAUGAUUAUUUACAUCUUCGGGUGAUAAAUCCAUCUACUCUGCCGUUUACAUAUCGCUUAAGUCCUGGUCAAAUAGGACCCCAUUUUAAUACAACAUUUACGUCCACCUCAUUAGUGCUAACAGAACCUCCUCACGCAUGUGAGCUGGUAAGUAAUGCACAUGAAGUUAAUCGAAAUAUUGCUCUCAUAAUUCGUGGAGGUUGUAGUUUCGUCACGAAAGCUAUUAAUGCUCACGUUGCCGGUGCAGUUGCUGUGAUUGUUUAUGAUUUUAACCGCAAGGCUAUCCACACAUUUAGCAUGAUUCAGGACGAUACUUCCAGACGUGUGCAGAUACCAUGUGCGUUUAUGAAUGGAAAAGAUGGGCAUUCAAUAACCACUGCUUUGGAUAAUUUAAAUCUAACAAAAGCAUUAGUUGAUUUUCCUGUUAAUGUUUCUGUGGUUCCAGUAUAUCACUUACGUUUAACUCCAUGGACAUUAUGGUGAAGAAUAAAAUAUACAUUCAACCUUAUUUGCUUCUACAAAUCAAUGACUACAUGACUGUAUUUUCUGCACUAUGAGUACAUGUGUAAAAUACUACUUCUUGUAUAUGACAAUAUGUUUUCAUAUGACCUACAAUUCUUUCAUUUAAAAAUGAGAUUUCCUUUGGUCACAUAAUUCACUUACAUUAUAUUCUACGUUUGUUCUUUCUUCACUGGUGUAGUCUCCAUUUUCUCAUGUAAAUAGUUGUUCUUUUUGUUAAACCUGCCUACUAUCUCCCAACUGAGUAAUUAUAGUUUUAUUAAUACGUGAAUGGUUUUUAAUAUGGUUGGAUUGUUGUGGAAUCUAGAUCAUGCGUCUUAUCCUACCUAAGACUCAUCCCAUCUCAGUAUUAAUUUUCACAUUGUAACCACUAGGUUAUGUUGAUGCCAACCGCUCACGAUUUACGUAUUUCAAUAACUACUCAGUUUUAGUUCUGAAUAUUAACAACAGGGAACUACAAACCCUUAACAAUACAGUAUACAUGUAACAGUGCAUGUUAACUCAAGUUCGGGAACGUGUGGUCGGGUAGUGAAAACAGUCUAAUCGGUGUCACCAUCUUGAAACAACGGGUUCGGUGACGUGGAUAAAUGCUAUGAGUGUCAUUCCAGUGACUUUUAAAUCAUGCUUUAUUUACCGAAGCUGGAACUGGUUGAAAAAAGAUAGGUGGUAAGUUUAAGACCUUGUCCCGGGGUAUGACAUCUAUCUGUUUACCGUGAUUCCCUGGUUGUGGUCCAAAAGAUAGUGCAGCUUGGUGGCUUGAGACAUUAUCGGUCGUAGGUCUGAGUCGAAGCCAAUUGCGAUUUUGUUACGAUUUUUGCGUACUUUCUAUAAAAAUGUGAGAACUUUUACUAAAAGGGUUCUUUCUGUCUAUAUUUUUCUUAAACUUUGAAUUAACUGAUCAACAAUUUACUUUUAUCUAAUCUACUAAGGUAGCGCUAUUUUUCUUAGUGAAGGUUACUCAUCACUAUCCAUUUGAUUUUCUUGCAAAAAUUUGAAACGCGUUAUAAUUGUAACAUGAUGAAUACGAAAUUGGUUGCAGUGGUGUGGAUAAUGUCAUUCUCCAAUUUAUCCACUGCCUUCUUGCGGCAUUACUGUUGUUUACGAAAUUGAGAGGGCGAAAAGCAAAUGUCCGGCGCUGUAACUUGGUUGGUGGAUAUGGAGGAUCCACCUGGAGGAGUUGAAAAACCCUGAUUCCAAACCAAUAGUGCAUAUAGGCUCCAGGAUCCUGAGAGAACAGAUAAUGCAUGGACCAAUUAUUAGUCACCGGCUACUAUGGGACUGCAUCUUCUGAGGUUUCUCCACCACCUUGUAGAUCAGACUUUUGGGUCGAAGGCCCCCUAAGAAAACCACCUGCAUUGGUUUGGGCACUCGGGCAGUAUCAGAGCUCACAUACAAACCAAGUGACUUGUGGCGCAUAUGUAUUCGGUGCCGCUUUGUACCAAUAUUUAAGUGUUCAAAUAAAUAAAUAUUCGUCUUCUUCGUUUACGCCUCUGCGGAUACGAUAGUAAUAGGACAUAAAUCCACUUAAUACGACCAAUCUCUUUGCAGUUGUGACAAAUGACAUUAAGGAAUGGUUAUUGUAUACGUAGACGGACGUGCCUCACCAUAUUAGCUCCAGUUAGUCAGUUAUAGUAACUGGACUUCCCAAAUUGUUGCUGUCUAAUUACCACUGGGUAUUUAGAGUUAUGCUAUUUACUUUUUUUGCAUGAAGUACUACUAGGUUAGACUCAGGGUAUUAGGGAAGGAUGAAAAAUCAGUUGAGGUUGUAAAUCUUCAUCGACUGAGAUGGUUGGGCCACGUUUUACGAAUGCCUGAACACCGAUUACCACGACGCACAAUGCUGACUAGUGUUGGGGGUAGUUGGAGAAAAGUUAGGGGCGGCCAUACCAAAACGCGGUAUCAGUGCUUGAAGUCGCUUGCUUCUAGUCUGAGCCAUGUUGAUAGAUGUAGAGUACUUGAUUGGGUCCGCGCGAGUAUCGUAAUCAAUGGUUGGAGACUGGGUGACAUGGCUCAGAAUCGAUCAGAAUGGCGUAAGUGUGUACACUGUCUAUCUUCCUUUAAAAGAUGAGUUUCAUAUUCGUUCAGUCAGUAACAACGUAGAACUUCGUACGUACGUACAUCAGUUCGAGUUGCCAUACCACAUUAGCACAGAGAUGCAGUUGCCGAUUCAAAUCCCGUAGUGGUAGAGGUAGUAAGAGUAUAAGCAGUAAUCGGAAAGAUUAGGGUUUGGAGAUGCUAUUUAAAGAGUAUAAUCCAGUGAAAUAAAUUUGGGAAGAGAAAAAAGAGACAAGGAUGAAUCAGGAGAUCAAAAUUUGGGAGAGCACAAAGAGUGUAUGCACCUGCGCCAUUGCAAACGAUUUUGAGCCAUGUCAAUCAGGGUCUCUAACCAUCGGUUUCUAUCACCUCGUGGUCCCCAACCAGGUAGUCUACACCUACCAACAUGACUCAGUUCACUUGUCAGUGACUUCCUGGACUUGUGCCAUGUUUUGUUCUGGCCGCCCCUAGCUUUCUUCCAACCUACUCCUAUACCACUGAACAUUGCACGUCGAGUCAGUCGGUCGUUGGGCAUACGUUCUGUACUAUAUCCUUUCAUAAUAUCUUUCCUUUAUAUAUUACACCAUUGAGUUAACUGCUUCUAUGAAUCCAGUGUUCGUCUUGCUGUGCUAAUGAGGUGUAGCAACUUGAACUGAUGCAUGUAUGUGCCUGGUCCUACGUUGUAACUGGCUGACUGAUUUUUCUCACUAUGGCUAAAAUACGGCUAUCAAACUAUCUGCAAGCAUAUCUGGUGCUUAAAAUUGAAUUCUGCUUUUAAUAUCAAUUUGGCUUGAAGUUCUUGAUGAAUAUCUCAUGUAACUGAAUUUGUAAUUUAUUACCGUCGUCUUAUUUAAUGUCUCAAUAAUCUUCUAUUUUUAUCAUAGACCACAAUAAGUAGGAAAUAACCAUAAAUCCAAUUGUACAGUUGUAGUACAUGAUACCGUAGAAAAGGGAAUUUUCUUCACUGAAACCUCUUUAUAUUGUGAAAGAAACAAUUCGAUCAACUUUGUUGUGUUCCUUUUGUUUUUACAAUUCUAAGUAACUGGAAAAAUUCUAGGAAGUGAUUUCUCCCAGUUAUUUGUAAGUAUAACGACAAUCUGUUAUAACUUGCCAAUGAUUUCCGAAAUCCCCGUCGCCAAUUGUUAUAACUUGUUGUUUGAAUGCUACUUGUUAUUAUCUUUAUUUAUUUAAACACAUAAACGUUGGUACAAGGAGGCACCAAAUACAUAUGCGUCACAUAAAUCAUUCGAUUUGUGUGAGGGCUGGGAUACAGCACGGGUGUCCAGACCGAUGCAGGUGGUUUUCUUAGGGGGCCACACCCCGAGCAUUGGAUCUAAAGGUCUGACCCACAAGGCAAUGGAGCAUCGUGAGGAGAUGCAGUCUCAUGGAAGCCAGUGACCAACGAUUGGUUCAUACGCCAUUUGUUCCCAUAGGAUACUGGAGCCCAUGUGACCAUUGGUUUGGAAUCCGGUUAAAGCGCUGGACAUUCGCUUUUUGUCCUCUCAAUUUCGUGAACAACAUCCCCGCCACGGGAAGGCAAUGAGUAGGACUUCCCUGGCAGAGGCUGUAUUCACGUGGUCGUGUGAGAGCAUUUCAAGAGGGAGGAAGGACCCACCCCACUCUCGGCCAUAUCAGGGCAUUUGGUGGCAUUUGUUAUAUCUAGUCGUUGCUGACUGUUGUAUAGGAAGCUCUUAUCACUUAGACUCAAAACGAGGGACCUCUGCAAUUCCCAUAAUGCGAAGGUAAGAACAUAAAGACUGGUAUAAGUGAAUAUUUAUUAACCCCUAAAACGCAACAACGACGACGUCGACCCUAGUCGGAAACACACUCAUUUAUAUAUUGAUUCGUACACCCAUUUUGAUUAAUAAUCAGAAUGUAAUCACAUAUGAAGAAUACUCACAGUUAUAACAAACCACAUAUAGAGCAUAGUUCAUCUCUAUUGAAUACAAGAAUAUCGUAUAUUAUACAGAAUAAUAUAUCAUACGAGAAAACAAAACAAAUACUACAUUGAGUAAUCAUUACAUUGAAUCAGAAUGGAAGUAAUCUUGAACGAAACUCCAUCUUAUCACAAUCUAUACUAAUAACAACUUACUUGGUAACCAUCAAUUAUUUAACAUAGGACUAUACAAUAUAAUAAAACCGUUGUAUACCGACUCAGUGGUUUGAUGGUUAAGUGUUUUCUCAAGACCGAAGUUCCUGGGCUCAAGUUUUGCAUGUGGGUUCGUGUAUGUUCACUGCCGAAUAGUCCGAUGAUGGGACAAAAUGACCAUUCAGUGCUUCCAACUUUUUAAUAAUGGUCCAAUAUUGAUUGGAUCAUGAUCUCAAUGAAACCCUAUACUUAUAAAUAUUAAAAAAGCUUGAACUAUAUGUUACGUUGACGUGGAUAUUAAAAACUGAUAUAGACCGGAAUAUAAUGUUCAAAUACUCUAAACCAGUUUUUCACACUUUACUAAACACUUUUCUUAAUGAUAAGAAAUGAUUGCGAAUUACAUUAUGGAUUGCUUCAAUGCGAUAUGGUAAAUCAGCCCUUAUCUUCUUACGCUUCUUGGCUCGAACGAGAUAUCCUGCGAGGUGGAGAGCAACAUGCAUAUUUGUUGUCGACUCAUGAAUCAUCAACUUACAUCUGUUUUACAAUUGUUAUACGAUAUAUUCUAUGUAGGUAUAAACAGUUGUCUACGCAAAAUACCUAAUGUCCGUUGGCCAGAUACCAUCAGCAACAAUCUACUGUAGGAAAGGACAAACCAGCUUCCAACUGAAAAGGAAAUUAGGAAAAACUGCUGGAAGUGUAUAGGCUAUACAUUAUGAAAAUCACAAAACUGCAUCAGGAGGUAAACUGUAACUUGGAAUUUUGAAGGGGAACAGCAAAAAGAUGAAAGCCAAAGAACACACUACGUAGGGAAUUGGAAGAUAUGAAAAAGAUGAAUAGCAAUUGGAAAGGAUUGCUUAGGACAGGGUUAGAUGGAGAAUGCUGGUAAGCGAAUUAUGCUCCUCAACACGAGGAGUUCAUGAUCUCAACCAAAAACUUAAUAAUCUCCACAGCCCCUAUACUAGUAAUCAACAUGUGCUCACUAAUGACUAGCUUCGUGAUGGAAUUCUCGGAGUUCCAGUGAGAAGCCGUGACCAGUGGAGCUAAUCCAUGUCGGGUAGAGACAGGUAUCUACCUCGGUACAAUGGAAGUUGGUUGCGCAAUUUCGUGGAUUGGUUGAUGUUAGGCACUAUCACCAUUGGAUACCGACUCAGAGGUCCAGUAGGUUAAGCGUUCGCGCGCGAGACCAAAGGUUCUGGGUUCGAAUCCUGCGAACGGGAUCGUGGAUGCGCACUGCUGAAGAGUUCCACAAUAGGACGAAACGGCCGUCCAGGUUUCCAAAUGUGGUCUGACAUCAAUCGGUUCAUGAUCUCAACCAAAAACUUAAAUGAUGUGUUAAGUAACAUUAACUAAUUCACUAAUCUAAAAGAAUUAGAACUAAGUUCUGCAUUGUUGUAAAUGCUUCAUAAAAUGUAUGUCAAAUUAUAAGUCUUAUUAUAAACUAGUCAUCUAAUUAUCCUGACAAAACUCAAUCUGUAUGUGUACACUUUUUAUUAUCUAUAUAAUCUAUCAUAUAACCGUAUAUACACGUGACUUAUAUGCAUUUUUAAAGAGGUGAAUUUUAUAGAUGUAUACAAUCAAUUAGAAAGUUUACUAAGACAAAAACCCAUUAAAUUCACUUGGUUAUUGUUUUACUUGAAUCUUUCUAUUGAUGUUUAGGACUGCAAUUGAUCAAUCUCUUAUUGGUAUAUAUGCAUACUGUACAUAUUGCUUCGAUAUUGCCUUAAGUCACAAGUGUUAUUUACAAAGAUGAAUUUUGAUUAGAUGGUGGUUGGAGGUAGUCGACAGGAAACCCUGGACCCGGGUUUCGUGUUACUUGGCACUCGUCAGUUAGGUGUACCUGUAAUCUUGAGGGGACUGGUUCUCCCUGGCGGAUUCAAUCCCGUGUCAGUGAGCUUCACAGUCAGAGACGUUACCACUGAGCUAUCCGGGCCGCAACUGACCUCCUGUAGGACUGAGAUGUGUCGAGUCACCUAGACUGGUGGCCACAUUGCAACAUGGUCGAUAGCAUUCGAUGUGCACUAAAUAAGAACUUGACACGCAUGACAUUGAUCACCACCCAGUGAUCAAUCAAUUGUGAAAAUUGUAGGUCGAUUGUUUAAAGCAUUGAAUCAUCAUAUUGAAGAAUGAGAUGAAUAUGUCAGAAUGGGAUAAAACAAACAAUCCUAAUUUAAUACAAUGUGAUACUUGUCUAUUAUAAGUUAGAUACUGAGUUCGAAUCUCGCGAGGCAGGAUCGUGGGUGCGCUCUUCUGAGGAGUUCCACAAUAGGACGAAAUGGCCAUCUAAUGCUUCCAGGUUUUCAAUGGUGGUCUAGCUUCAAUUGCCUCAUGAUCUCAACUACUAAAAUUGUUUCAUAUUAAUUUUACGUGAUAUUUGCUUAGUAUAAUAUCCAUUAUUCGUUUUGUAUAAAUUUGAUGUAAAAAAUCUUGAGAUGGUGGAGAAGAUUUAUAGUUCAGGUAGAUAAUUUUGAUGGAGUUUUAUUCUCUGAACUUGAUGGUUUGGUCGUGGAGCUUUCAUCGUUAUUCUGAACAAUAUCAUCAGUACAAACUUCAAUUAGGAGUAAAGUGUUCGAAUUUCUUCAUAUAUGUUUCACAGCUUGUCAUGUCAGUGCCAUUACCAAGUAUGAAGGAUUUGAAUGUAUAAACUUUUCUUAACUUGUCAUACAAUUUCCUUUGAAUCAAACGUCACAAGAAAAGCAAAGCAUCGAAUUUAAGAACCAUCAUAUCUAGAGCUUAGAUUGGUAAUAUAUCGCGUAUAACUUGAGCAUUCCAACUCUAGAACCCUUCAAGUAGCAAAUGAUAAGACAAGUGAGAAGGAAUGCGAUUUCAAACAGUGUCAGAUAUGGUACAAAACUGUCAGGUAUUUAAAGUAUUUAGUAAAGACGAAAUCAUCAUUAUAGUCAUCCAGUUCGCAUAUAUAGGGGUUUUAGCAUUUGUUUCAUAGGGAAGAUUCUGGAAUAUUCUUCCAAAAGUUGACUGGACUGAAUAUCUUCACUUCUUUCGGAGCUUCUAAGAGAUUCCUCGAGUUAAUCUGUGGACUGUUCUCACAAGAACUUUAAAGUUAGCUAAUCACAUACUCAACAAGUAUGAGUUUGUCAUAAUCAACGAUACCAAAUUCUAGUAACCAGGCAAAACUAAGCAAACUAAUCUUAAACGAAUCAUUUCAUUAAAUGGGAUAAUGAAAAAUAAUGCAAAUCAUUCAAUUAGUAUCAGAAGGGGUUUUUGCGUAUAUUAUAGUUAUUUCAAUAGUUGAGAUCAUGAGUCAAUUGAAGCUAGACCACCAUGGAAAACCUGGAAACACUGGACGACCAUUUCAUCCUAUUGUGGGACUCCUCAGCAGUGCACAUCCACGAUUCAAGAGGUAUUUCCUGGAGUUCUAGUGAGCAGCAGUAAUCAGUGAAGUUCAACCCAGUCUGUUGUUAUAGGUAGUAACUCACUGAUGACAAUGGUGGUUGUGUCACUCAAUUUCGUGGAUUAGUUGAAGUUAGACAUUAACACUAUUUGAUGCCGGCCAGCUCAGUAGUCUCGAGAUUUAACGUUCGCGCUCGAGACCGACAGAUCCUGGGUUCGUAUCUAUAAUCGUUGAGACGGCGUAGAUUAUUACAUAAAAACUGUAAAGACUGACAUACCCAUAACCGAAUACUUCAAACAAUUCAGAAUACAAAUUCCUAAUAGCUAGUAACUUUUAGAUACUUUCAAUUAACCAAGCAGGUGAUUAGCAUAAUGGAUAAUCAAAAUUACAUUCAGCUGAUCAGUAUUUGAAACGAUAUCCAAUAAUUAUUAGAAAGUAUUACAACUACUGAUGAAACAACAAGUAUACAAUUUUCACAUUGGAAGAUAUGAAAUAGAGGUGAUAGCAGAAAGUGUAAAGAUGUUUACCAGUAAUAUAUGUUACCGGAGAAAUUAAAGUAUGAUUAAUACAUGUCAAUAUGAGGUGGAGAAGUCAGGUUCCAGACCUUUAUUAGGAAUACCUUCCGUUCUUGAUGGAGUUUUGUUCUCUGAGCUGGAUGGUUUGGUCGUGGAGCAUUCAUCGUUCUUCUGAACAUCAUCGACACAAACUUCAGAUAGAAGUGAAGUGUUCAAAUUUCUCCAUAUGCGUUUCACAGAUUGUUCUGUACACCUCGACGUUGAUUGAUUCUUAUUGACCCUAAAUUUGUCAUUGUUUACUCCUUUGUUUUGGUUGUGUCUCCCAUUGGUUUGAAUUUCGGUCCUAUGUUUAUCCAUAAUUUUCCUGAUUAAUUGAUAAAUUGGAUCGAUCUCAAUGUGCUUGUUGAUUGACCUGUGCCAGGUUUACAAAAAUUCCAUAGUGUUUUUGAAAUUUCCUCUCUCCAAGAUUUCCACAUUUUUCCAGUCGAAUGAGUGUCCGCAGUUGUCCACGUGUAUUGAUAUAAGUGAGGAAGUAUCAUGGCGUUUGACUGCUAAUUGAUGUUCAUGUAGGCGAACGUGAAGGGGGCGUCCGCUUUGUCCGAUGUAGUGUUUUUCGCAGUUGGCACAAUUCAUUUUGUAGAUGGUGUUUGAUUUGUCUUCCUUUGUUAUUUCAUCCUUUAGUUUGCAUAGGAUUGAUUGUAGUGAUUUUUCCGGUUUGUGUGCCACACCUAUCCCGAAGGUUUUCAGCAGUCUCGUUGCGGUUUCUGAUAUGCCUUUUAUGUAUGGUAGGGCGAUCCUUUUGUUGAUUUCUGUGCUUGACUUAGGUUCUGAUGCUGAGUGCGGUUGAUGUCGUUCAGGAGAACGAUGAAAACUCCACGACCAAACCAUCCAGCUCAAAGAACAAAACUCCAUCAAAAUCAUCCACUUGAGCUACAAAUCUUCUCCACCAUCUCAAUACCUUCCGUUCACUUAUCAUUCAACCGAUUGAUCAAUCAGAAUAGUUUAAAAAUUUACAAUACAAGUAAGUUAAGCAAACAGAAUGAAUAUGUAGACAAUUGUAUGGUUCAAAAAUAUUAUCCCAUUUAACUUGUUGGGAGAUGAGAUUUCAUUUGGCUUAUUGUUAUGGUGAUGGAAGUUUCUACUUACGCAAAUAUAACCUUCUUUUAAGUGAUAAACCAUCAAGAAAAAGUUCGUCUUUGAAAGCCCUUUUUAACCUAUUUACACUGGCCAUUUUACUGGGAUCUCAGUGCGUUGCCCUUACAAAAGAGGUGUAGUUAGGACAAACAACAAUUUGAUCCCAAGCCAUUUAGAAAGCUGAAAGUCAAUCUACAAGAUGCAGGUUAAAACUAUUCCCCUUAACGUGCUGAAACACGUCUCAGUAUCAGCUCUUACAAUCCAUAUACUACGUAAUAUGUUUUCAAACAGUUCAUGAGCAACCAGAAUACUGAUUUAGAAAUCCAAUCGUUUACAUUUGUAAUUUCAGUCAUUUAGCUUUUGUGGUUUUCAUUAGUUAGUCCGUGAAGUGAAACAUAAAAUUCAGCAAUCUUCACAAGACCCUAUAAUAAAAUGUACCUGUUCUUUUCUACCAACCUCCACAGAAAAUAACUUUGUGAAAUAUAUAGACAAUCUUACUCUAUGUAUACCGAUUUCUACCUUACUACAUUCCAUAGAAAUGAUUGAGUUGUUGUCUCGUAUUCAAUGGUGGUCUGUUGUUAAUGGUUUCAUACUUAAUUCAUCUAAAUGUCAAGCUGUUAUCUUUAGCUUGAGACAUGAAAAGCGCCUAACUACCCUGUUGGGAUCCCAUAAUACUUGCGCCAUUGGAGACUGUUUGAUAAACAGUGUUGAAGGUCAAUUUUCUUGGCGUCACCUUUUCCUCUGAUCUCUCUUGGUCUUUGCAUGUUUUACUGUUAUCAAAGAGGAUUUUCCGUCUGACUUACUACACAAAGAGACUGCAUGCUUUUGAGAUUACUGGACAUUUACUCUUACAAUUUGUCAAUUCUUGCAUAUUACGUAUUAUUCUUUUACGGGCUUUUGAGAUAAGACUUUGCUGUAUUGCGUAGAGUGCUGAAGGCAGUUAGCAAGGUGUGUAGUGAAUCUUUUGGGGUCAUUAUUAAUAUGAUUGUGGAUAGACAUUUAAAGUCUUGCAAACUCCUGUUAAGUGUUAUCUUAUCAGAUACUAACCAUCCCCUUUAUACAUAUCUUUCUCCUUGUAUAUCUUCUGGUACAACGAGAUGUUAAUAAAUUAAAAUUCAUACACUCAAGCAAAGGUAUAAAAGCUAUACAAUACCUUAUCUAGCAAAUAUACUUUGUGACGAACAGGUUGUUAGAGUUGACCUAUUCAGUAACCUGUAUACUGACAUAUAUGUCUCUAAUUGAAAAGCUGUACAGAUUCAGAUCUUUUCUAUCACCCAUUUCUUUUUUUUUAGAAGAAACUCGUUGAAGUACCUCGUGCUAAGAAUUCUAUAUUGCACCAAAAUGUAAUACAAAAAAGACUGCAAACUAAUUCUUCUUUCCUGUAGUACAUCCUUACACAUAAUCUUUCUUUUAUACAUUACUAACAUUCAAGUAACCAUUUAUAUGAAUUUGGUGUUUAUCUUGCGACAACUUGGACCGAUGCUUAUAUAUGCCUAGUUCUACGUUGUAGCUGACUGGCAUUGCUGACUAAUGUUGAGGAUGGUCAGUCAAUAACAACUGAGUUUCCACCAUAGGCGAGCUGCUGUAUAAUAAGUCGAAAAAUAAGGAUACAUGAAGUGGGGAUAAAAAACAAUAAUAAUAAGGGCUGGCUUCUGUUGGUCCUUCACGACUCCCUGGCUGGGGUCCGAGAGAUGGUGCAACACAGUGGCUAGAGACGUUAAUAUAUAUGGCUCAGAAUAGAAGCCAGUGGCGAUCCUGCUCUAACCUUCUCUUACUAUCUUCAUAAAAAAUGGUUGCUUCUUCCUUAACUAAAAGAAUCCUUCUGGUUGUACGUUUCCCCCAUUAUUACUAUUGUUAUUAUUACACUAAUCUGUGGUCGUUAUUGUUUUUCUUUUACGCUCACUACCUUCCAUUUUUUCUCUUCCCGUUCUCAUUGUUCUGUGUGGCGCAUAUAUAUUUGGUGCCCCCUUGUAUCAAUAUUUGUGUUCAAAUAAAUAAACAACGUAGAACUUUGUACGUACGUACAUCAGUUCGAGUUGUCAUACCAUACCAUAAGGAAGAUGAAGAAUUGAGAAUCGAUGCACCUGCGCCAUUGCAAACGAUUUUGAGCCAUGUGUCAUUCAAGGUCUCCAACCAUCGCUUGCUAUCGUCUCACGGAUCCCAACCAGAUAGUCUACUCCUACCAACAUGACUCAGUCCACUUGUCAAUCACUUUAUGGAUUUGUGCCAUGUUUUGGUCUAGCCACCCCUAGCUUCCCUACAACAUACUCCUACACCAUAAAACAUCAAUCAUCGAGGCAGUCGGUCGUUGGGCAUACGUAACACAUGUCCAAGCCAUCACAACUGAUGAAGUUCCAUUACUUCAUCAAUUAAUUUGCCAUCCUUACCUAGUACCCGAUUCCUAACAACUGCAUUACUUACUCCGUGCUACCAGGACAUACGAGCAAUGCUCAGAAGACACCUGUGAUCAAAUACUAGUAACCAAACGAAUAUCCUCUACUCUUACCGGUCAUGUUUCACUGUCAUAAAUUAGGACGGAACGAACUGCUGAGCAGUAAACUCGUCCUUUGGUUGAUAGACGGAUAUCUCGCCUACGCCAUAAAUGACGCAAGUUUCGGCAGAAGUUAGUCGAGCCUUCUGUAUCCUUGGUGCGAUUUCGUCACACACUAGACCAUAAGGGCUGAUGAGAUUCUCAAGAUUAGUGAAGCAAUAGACACGCUCCACUACUUCACUCCCUAUCAUUCGUUCAAAUGUUGAUGGCUGGAAGAAGAAAGUUAAGGGGCGGUUAAAAACAAACAAAAUAUAAUUUCAUCAAAAGUUUACAAAAUAUAAAUUUCUAUUUAUUCAUUAAUAAAUUCUUCAUUUUAAACUAUCAAUAAUAUGUAAAUAUAUAUGAAGAGAGAAAGAUGAAUAAUUUCAUUUUAUGUACAAUAAUCAACAAUCCAUUGGAAUGUAUAUACAACAACAACAACAGCAGCAGCAGCACCAACAACAACAGCAAUAACACCAACAACAAAGUGAAUUUAUUGAUGACAAAUUACGUAAUAUAGUAAAUAGUUGGUGAGAUUAUAAUUUAUAGAUGAACCAAUCAAAUUGACAUUAGUAGAUCUUGGCUUCGAAAUUCAUUUAUCCCUUUUUGGACAUGAUAAUUGAAAUCAAUUCAUGAUGAAAACUCUAUAGGACUACAAUUGAUCAGUCUCUCAGCUGUCAGGACUCAGUAGCUAAGUCGAUAACGCGAUGACGUUCGGAGCGGACGGUACUACGCU